AAUGUGUAGAUCAGCAUCCAGCAUCUGUAACCCUGCAGUUUGGAGCUGUCCACUUGGAGAAUUCAUCGUGAACAGCUGCUCAAACUACUUAGCCCAACGAGUAAUCUGCCCAUCUGCAUCCGAUACAAGGAAAUGUAUGAGAGAGAGCAGAGGCAUCUGGAGUCCCUCAAGGAGCACAAGAAGGAUGAGAGUGAGAAACAGAUGGUGCAGGCAGUGUUAAAUCUUCAGAAAGACCUUUUCAAUAUACACAUCUCCAAUUUCACAGAUGAAAUCUUUUUAACAAUUGGAGCCUUAAAUGAUGAUGGGCAAGAAACAGUUGCCUAUGCUCUGUUGGUGGCUUCCAGGAGUGGUCUCCAACAGCUGCUAUACUUGUUGGUUACUGUGGCACACCUCCCUGCUGAUCUAAUAGUGGAUGUCACCUCCAAUACCACAGCUUUGCAUGAGGCAGCCGCCCAUGGGAAGUCUGGAUGUGUUGCCUUGCUACUUAGUAUGUUAAACAAUGCUGCUAGGAUCAAUGACCAUAUUGAUAUUAAGCUCCAAUCAUUUGCCACUAAAAAUGAAUUAAAGUUAAAGAGGCUAAACCGGUAUAGUCCACUUCAGCCUGAUAAGUAUGGCCAAACAGCUCUCCAUUUGGCAGCAAUGUUUGGUCACAAACACACCAUGGAAUAUUUGCAAGAAAAUGUGAAGGAGGAUCCUCCUUGCCAGGCUGGCACAACUGCUCAAAAUAUUCAUAAGAACUUUACUGGCUAUUUAAAGCGCUACAUGAGGUACAAUGACAAUAUGAGAAAAGAGAUGACCCCAUUAGACCAUCAUGAGGCUGACUAUUUGUUGCAUCAACUCCUUUGCACUAUUGAUCUUAAAAAACUGCCAAAAGAAGCCAAGAGGGCAAAUAUAGACUUAAACAUGAAUGAAGCAGAACAGGUAAAAAAAGCUGUGCAGCAGGCAGUGGGCAUCAUUCUAGGUCGAGUAGUGGCCUUUGAUGACACAUAUAAAGGCCGAUUAGAGUUAGUGGGCAGUGCACAAGAUGGCUCAAAACUUUUUGCCCCUGAUGAGUUUGAUAUUAACAUUGUCAUUCCAGCAGCUGACCGUGUGACUGUGUCAGUGCAUCAGGAGCUGGAUGAGUCUGUCAGAUAUCAGGGUCAUGUCCUUAAGAUUACUGUAGAAACAAAUAAUCCUCAUCUUCAGGGUAAUCGUUUAAUGGGGGAUCUCUUUGGUGCAGUGAAGCAAGCUCUCACAGACUCUGUCUUGGAUGAUAAGAGAUUGAGUGUUGUGCCACCCAGUUUGACCAGGACUCAAGUGGGAGUGGCAUUAGCCAUGGCUUGGCAAGGAAUGGAAUAUCCAUUACUAUUAGUGGGUGUAGAUCUGGUACCAGUGUUGGAAGUACCAUGGCAUGAAGUCAUUGUUAAGCCAGAUGCCCUCACCCCUCCAGACACCAAUGUCAUGCACAUCAGCAAUACUGCUGAUGGAUCAUGGCGUUGUAGCUUUGCCUUAAUAGAAGCAGAAGUGUUGAGGCAACUUUCUCCUGAAGAACGUCGAAUCCAACUUUCUUGCAAGAUGCUUCUUUACUUCCUGAAGGUCGAACCGUGGAUGCCAAAGGAAAUAAAGUCCUUUUGCACCUGGUGGACUGGACGAUCCUUUAACCUUCCAGUGCCCACAGGAUUCUGUCUAAAAAGUUCCUUUUUUAGACUGCUAGCAUUUAAGCGUAAUACUGGCACUCAGUGGCUAGAGGAGGACACAAUAUUUUGGAUGGCCUUUGCUUUCAGAACUAUGUGUCAACAGAUAGCAAACAAAGCUGAAGCAGAUCUUUCUCCGAGAAAGGUAUUUGCUUACUUUGGAGGUGAUUGUGAAGGGCCUAAGAUUGGACAUGGAGCACCAAUCAUCACACACUAUCUCUUCAAAAGAGAAUUGAAGAAGAGGCUCACUAUCUCUACCCUCAUGAGAUACCUCAAUUGCUUGAUGGCUAGUGUUUGGAAGUACUUGAACAAUGGUUUCUUUUUUUAACUCAGCUCUGGAAGUGUUGCAUAAACUUCAUGACUACAUUUUUUGCACAUAACAUUACUCAUCUUAUUAGAAUAUGUCAUGUCUUAAUCUUCUGGGACCACAUUAAUUUUGCCUUGGAAUUCUCCAUGAUGAUUGAUUAGGUACUUCACAAUUCUGUAACAUUUUCGUUGUUUCUAUGGGUUUAUUGUUUUGUUGUAAAUAUUAUGUUCUGUGUAUAUAUUUAAUGUAUGUAAUCCUUAUGUAAUGAUCCAAAUGCACAAACCUUACAACCCCAUGCAUAGGGUUGCACUCGUUGUUGGAUUAGUGUCCAGUGAAGCCAAAG